CUCCUCCCACUCUCCAGACGGUUGAGCAUUUGCGCAUGUGUAGCAUGUCGGUUUGAGGUCGUGACUUUCCUGCGAUGUGGGCUUGUUGGCAGAUGGCGGUUGUCAGCCGGUGAUUACUGGAGAGUAGGUGAGACGGGCCGAGGAUGAAAGAGAAUGGGGAGGCUAAGCAGAUGGAAGUGGACGCCGAGUCGAGAAUGCAGAUCCCCGCUGUGGACAGGGAAGUGGUGCAGGGUCUCGGCAGGAGCUUGAAGCAGAAGUGCGCCGCGUAUGUGCUUGCACUGCGGCCCUGGAGCUUCAGCGCCUCGCUUACCCCUGUUGCCCUGGGUACGGCCCUGGCUUACAAGAAUCUGGGCGAGCUCGAUCUGACCAUUUCCCUACUGGCUGCCUUGGCCGUGCUGGCCGUACACGCAGCCGGUAACCUAGUGAACACUUAUUACGACUUCAGCAGGGGCAUCGAUCAUAAGAAGAGCGACGACCGGACCCUGGUGGACCGGAUCCUAGAGCCACAGGACGUGGUGCGGUUCGGAGCCUGCCUCUACACUCUGGGCUGCCUCUGCGCCUGUUCCCUCUACUUUUUGUGCAAACUCAAACUUGAGCACUUAGCUCUGAUCUUUUUCGGUGGCCUAUCCAGCUCUUUUCUGUACACGGGAGGUAUUGGAUUUAAAUACUUUGCUCUCGGUGAUAUCAUCAUUCUGAUCACCUUUGGACCAUUAGCUGUGAUGUUUGCCUAUUCCGUGCAAGUCGGUUACUUGGCCAUUUCACCACUACUUUAUGCAAUUCCUUUAGCACUCAAUACGGAAGCCAUUUUGCACAGUAACAAUACCAGAGACAUGGAAUCUGAUAAGCAGGCUGGGAUUGUCACCUUUGCUAUCAUUAUUGGGCCAACGUUAUCUUACAUUGUGUAUAACGUGCUGAUAUUCGUACCUUAUGUGAUAUUCUGUAUAUUAGCAACUCGAUAUACAGUCAGCCUUGCAUUACCACUUUUGACUGUACCUUUGGCCUUUUCACUUGAGCGGCAAUUUCGGUGCCAAUGUUAUGCCAAAAUUCCCCAGAUGACUGCAAAACUGAAUCUUUUUCUAGGAUUGUUCUAUGUUUUUGCCAUUUUGUUAGCACCAUCUGGAAGUUUACCAAACUAAAAUGGUGCAGACUCCUUUUCUAUACUUCAAACUUCAAAAUUGAAGUUGCUGAAGCUUUCUUAAAGUAGAAAAGCUGGAACAGUACGUGUUCUAAUUAAGUCUCUCUUCCUUUUAAGCAAAAAUUUGUGAACUUUUUGCAGCUACUCCCACUCCUUAGCAAACGUGCAGUUUGCACAUGAAAAUUGUUUGGCACGCAGUGUGCUUUUUAAACAAUAGUUUUGACACCAGGAUAGCAAUUUGCAAACGUACACAAUGGCCCAUGUUUUCAGUGUCAUCAUUGGUGGGAAAUUAUUUCACAAGUGGAUUUAAACUCAGGCUACAUUAGAUUUUGAUUCAUUAGACCUAAUCCCUUGUAUAGUUUGUUCUUGUGUAUAAAAUUAUGGAUAAUGAAAACUUGAAUUGGUCAUCCAAUUUCUAUGUCUUGAUAGUAGUAUUAAUUUAAACAUUAACAAGUUAAUAAUGGAGGACUGACAUAGCUUGUAAAUGGCUUGUGAUAUAAUUUCAUUUUGGUGACAGUUGUAAUGGACAAAUUUAUAAUUUGCACAAUUGGUGUCUGGUAAUGCAAAAAAUGUGAAUUUUUAGCACACAUACAGAUUUUGUACUGACAAAACUGGUCCUAGGAAAUAAUUUCAAUUUGUGACCUCCAUCUAAUUUGAGAGAACUUCAGUGUUGCUUUUUUGCUUUUGUUUGAACUUAAUUGUAAUUGCAUUUUGUUACUUUUUUUAUUCUAUUAUAAGCUGCUCUCCUUAUUCAUAAGGACUGAUAUUUUUAAGUUAUGUUCGAAAUGCAUAAAUUUAAUCAUUAAAAGGAGAUUGAAAGGCAGGUAAGCAGCUUGGCAAGACUUUGAAAGGUAAACUUGUAGUUUGGAACAUGAAGUAUUUAAUAUUUGUCAUUUGACUUUGUAAAAGAUUUCAAAUGCCUGUGCAUUAAAUUUGAAGGGAAUAAAUGGAUUCUUGUUUACCUUUUACACACCCUAGAGUUAACUGUUCAAUUUAAUUAACAACCUCUUGGACAUCUGGGAAAUGCGUGGGGCAGUGAGUGGCCAAAAGCUGCUACUUUUGCUGUGCUGCUAGUUGGCCUACUUCG